AUUUUACGUAAAGGGGGAACGGGGAAUUACGCAACGGCGAAAUUUCAAAAUCCCAAAACCCAUUUACGGUUUUGGAAUUUGUGGGUAUGAUGCGAUCUGUGAGAGAGAAUUGAAAACUGUAAUGUAAAAAUGGAAAAAGUCAGCCGUUGCGGCGGCGAUGGUGGUGGGGCUGCAGCUCAACGAAAGUCGUCUCCGAUUGAAACGGAGGAAGCCAAGAGAAAGUGACCAGCUCUGACCCUUCACUUAUUAUUUCUUUCUUUCUCCAAUGCCAUUUUCAAUCCCAACGUUUCCAGGAAGAUCUGUUUUUCCUUUUCAUUUGAGCUUUAAUGGCGUUUCUCUGUCAAAUAAUAGAAACCCUCUUUCUCUUCCCUCAAAAUAGGAACAAAAAUAGCGACAAUGGCGGUAUAGGCUGCGAUGUGGCCGAGUGAGGAACGUGUGCGCCUUUCAACCUUCAUUAUUUUUCUUAUCAUUCAUCAAUUAAUAACCAACAUAUUCAACUUUCCUCCACCGCCCCUCUUUCAAUUAUCAAACCACAAUAUCUCAUGUAUUGACCAAAAACUCUCUCUCUCUCUCUUCGUGUUCUUCGUACGUUUAUGAACAAAUUUUGUCCCCUUUUUGUGCAAUUUACUCAACCCUUUGAAGAUUGGCGAACCAUUUCCCGACCCAUCUUUCCAAAGAUUUGAAUUGAAGAAACUAUUUACUGCGCUGUAGUUUUCAUAUCUGGUGAUGGAAAUUUGGCUGCCGUUGUUCCCUAAUGUCUUUGAUGGAGGGAUUUAGAAGUAAAGGGAUCAAGCAAAGCGUUGAAAGGCAUUCUCAUGCUUAGAUGAGAUUAUAAGGCUAGGAAAUCAUGGGGGAAUUUGAAGAUGAGAGCCUUGUUAGUCCUUCAUCAUUAACUAGAAAGAACUUUUCUAUUGAGGGUCCUUCGCAUUCUUCUUCAUUGGCUGGUAGUACGCAGAAAUUUUGUUAUAGUAACAUGAAGAACAGGGUGUUUCGCAGCAUUAAGAUCGUCGUUUUCUCGGCUAAAAUCAACUGUCUCAUGCCUUUUGGGCCUUUAGCAAUAGUAGUCAGCAAUUUAUCUGGUCACCAUGGUUGGGUCUUCCUUUUAAGCUUGUUGGGGAUCAUACCUCUCGCCGAGCGUUUGGGUUAUGCAACCGAACAACUGGCAUGCUAUACUGGAGCCACAGUUGGAGGUCUUCUGAAUGCUACUUUUGGAAAUGCCACAGAAUUGAUAAUAUCAAUAUACGCAUUGCGAAGAGGAAUGAUACGGGUUGUUCAACAGUCAUUGUUAGGUUCAAUUUUGUCAAAUAUGUUGUUAGUACUUGGAUGUGCCUUCUUUGCUGGUGGAGUUGUGGUUUCGAAGAGGGAGCAGGUCUUCAAUAAGGCAGCUGCUACAGUGAAUUCUGGAUUGCUAUUAAUGGCAGUAAUGGGACUUCUAUUUCCUGCUGUCCUUCGUUCCACACAUACAGAGUUGCACUCUGGAAAGUCCGAGUUAGCUCUUUCGAGAUUUAGUAGCGGCAUUAUGUUGGUGGCGUAUGCUGCCUAUCUUGUUUUUCAGCUGAAAAGCGACAAGAACUUAUAUCUACCGGUUGAUGAGGCGGUUACUGAUGAAAAUUAUGAUGAUGAUGAUGAUGAAGAAGCUCCUGAGAUUUCUAUGUGGGAAUCCAUUACUUGGCUGUCUAUCUUGACCAUUUGGAUCUCUGUCCUCUCUGAAUACUUGGUUAAUGCAAUAGAGGGGGCGUCGGUUGCCAUGAACAUACCGGUAGCGUUCAUUAGUGUUAUCCUACUACCCAUUGUUGGGAACGCUGCAGAGCAUGCAGGAGCCAUCAUGUUUGCCAUGAAAGACAAGCUUGACAUUUCUUUGGGAGUCGCGAUAGGAUCGUCUACACAGAUAUCGAUGUUCGGGAUUCCUUUUUGUGUGGUCAUUGGUUGGAUCAUGGGUUGCCCUAUGGACUUGAAUUUUCAACUCUUCGAGACUGCCACGCUUUUCAUCACGGUCAUUGUCGUAGCCUUCAUGUUACAGGACGGAACAUCUAAUUACCUCAAAGGACUUAUGCUUAUUCUCUGCUACCUGAUAGUAGCUGCGAGUUUCUUUGUACAUAUUGAUCCAGCUUCAGUUGAAGAUAAACCCCGAAAACAUCGUGGAUGAUAGGCAAGGGACGACUCGGAGUCGUGAAUGUGCUUGCAGAGGGGCCUCAACCUAGCACUCUUCUAAAGACGGGAUCGAGUGAAGCUCGAGGUUCACUCCGUUGCUAUAUAUAGUGUUCUGAACUUGGGCUGCUACCAUGUUCAGAAAGCAUUUUUUUCAUGUUGUUCCUGUCCUUGGUACUGAUCUUGUUUAUCAUUGCAAGCUGUGGUAAUCUGUUCAGAAACUUAGCCAAUAGGAAUACUAGAAAUCAAAUGUAAGAAAAUGCAAAUUAUCAUAUUUCUUGUUGAUAUUUUGAGCUCUUGAUAUCAAUGUUGCUAUCGACUUUGAACC